AUGCUCAGUGGAAGAAGACCUAGUGUGAACAAAAGUCUGUCUAGCGAACUGAUUUCCGAAGAUCCCAAUGCUCCACAUGUUCCUCGUCUCACCAGGAGACUGACGGGGUUUUUACCACAGGAAAUCAAGGCGAUCGAAACAAAUAUUCCGGUUCAAUCGCGAGAGCUGUGGAACAAACACAAGGUCAAGAAGUUUAGCACGGGCGAAGAGUUCGAGGAAAAGUUUAUCUCGCACGUGGAAUGGACGCUGGCACGCUCGCUGUACAACUGCGAUGAUUUGGCGGCGUACCAGGCUACCUCGCAAUCGGUGCGCGACAAUCUGGUCAUUGACUGGAACAAGACGCAGCAGAGACAAACUGCUCGCGGCGGGAAACGAGUUUAUUACCUGUCGCUCGAGUUUUUGAUGGGCAGAGCGUUGGACAACGCGCUGAUCAACAUGCGCACUGACACCUCUACCGAGGAUGUGGGUGAGACUGACGAGACUUUGACCAAAGGCAACACCUCGCGGGAAAUGAUCAAAAACGCUAUGAAGGAAUUGGGCUUCAAGCUUGAAGACAUCCUGGAGCAAGAACCGGAUGCUGCGCUCGGUAAUGGAGGACUGGGCCGGUUGGCCGCUUGUUUUGUGGACUCCUUGGCCACCGGAAACUACCCCGCAUGGGGAUACGGAUUGCGCUACCAAUACGGUAUUUUCGCGCAAAAAAUUAUCAAUGGCUACCAGGUUGAGACCCCGGACUACUGGCUCAAUUUCAGUAACCCCUGGGAGAUCGAGCGUGCGGAGAUUCAGGUUCCUAUCAACUUUUACGGGUACGUUGAUCGUCCUCAAGGCGAGCAAUCGACACUCGCGCCCUCCGACUGGAUUGGCGGGGAAAGAGUCCUUGCAAUGGCCCACGAUAUGCCCAUCCCCGGGUUCAAAACCUCGACAGUCAAUAACUUGAGAUUGUGGAACGCGAAGCCAACCACUGAAUUCGAUUUUUCCAAGUUCAACAACGGUGACUAUAAGAAUUCGGUUGAGCAACAACAGCGUGCUGAGUCAAUCACCGCUGUUCUUUACCCUAAUGACAACUUUGAACAGGGUAAAGAAUUGCGUUUGAAACAGCAGUACUUUUGGUGUGCGGCUUCGUUGCAUGACAUUGUGAGAAGAUUCAAGAAAAACAAAAGGCCGUGGUCUGAAUUCCCAGAUGCCAUUGCGAUUCAAUUGAAUGACACUCACCCAACAAUGGCCAUUGUCGAGUUACAGAGAAUCUUGGUGGAUUUAGAAAAGCUCGACUGGCACAAGGCUUGGGAUAUUGUGACCAAAACUUUUGCCUACACCAAUCACACGGUUAUGCAAGAAGCAUUGGAAAAAUGGCCAGUCCAACUACUGGGCCGCUUGUUGCCAAGACACAUGGAAAUCAUUUACGAUAUCAAUUGGUUCUUUUUGCAGUCUGUUGAGAAGAGAUUUCCGCAUGACAUGGACUUGUUGUCCCGUGUAUCUAUUAUCGAGGAAGCAGCAGGUGACAGACAGGUUCGCAUGGCCUUCUUGGCGAUCAUUGGAUCCCACAAAGUCAACGGUGUUGCAGAACUACACUCUGACUUAAUCAAAUCGACUAUUUUUCAGGACUUUGUCAAAAUCUAUGGCGCUAACAAGUUCACAAACGUGACGAACGGUAUUACUCCUAGAAGAUGGUUGAAGCAAGCUAACCCUAAGUUGGCGCAGCUAAUAAGCGAAACAAUCAAUGACCCUAAUGACGACUACUUGCUUGAUAUGUCAAAGCUGACGGAACUAUCCAAACACGCGGAGGACGAAUCAUUCCAAAAGAAAUGGAAUGACGUUAAGCAAUUCAACAAAUUGAGACUUGCGGAUUUGAUCAAACGUUUGAAUGGUGGUGUCGAUAUCAUUGAUAGAGAGCACAUUAGAAACACUCUCUUUGACAUUCAAGUGAAACGUAUUCACGAAUAUAAACGUCAACAAAUGAACAUUUUUGGUGUGAUUCAUCGGUAUUUGGAAAUGAAAGAGCUGUUGGAGGCAGGAUCUUCAAUUGAAGAUGUCGCUGAAAAGUAUCCUCGUAAAGUAUCAAUAUUCGGGGGUAAAAGUGCACCUGGAUACUAUAUGGCCAAAUUAAUCAUUAAACUGGUCAACUCUGUUGCCGAGGUAGUGAAUGGUGACACUGAGAUUCAGGACUUGCUCAAAGUGUUUUUCAUUCCUGACUACAAUGUAUCAAAGGCAGAGAUUAUCACCCCUGCCAGCGACUUGAGCGAGCACAUCUCAACAGCGGGCACUGAGGCCUCUGGUACCUCGAACAUGAAAUUUGUAAUGAACGGAGGUCUAAUCAUAGGUACCGUGGAUGGCGCCAACGUUGAAAUCACCCGUGAAAUUGGAGAAGACAAUAUUUUUUUGUUCGGGAACUUGAGCGAAAACGUGGACGAACUUCGCUACAAUCACCAAUUCCACAGCUCAGCACUUCCAGAGUCGCUCCUUAAGGUUAUGGAUGCAGUCGAAAACGGCGCGUUCUCGACCGAGAAUAUCUCGGAAUUUAAGCCCCUGAUCGACAGCAUCAAGCACCAAGGCGACUACUACCUAGUAAGCGAUGAUUUCGAAUCUUACAUUGCAACACAACAUCUUGUGGAUCAAGUAUAUCACAAAGAGAAAAAGGAGUGGCUGAAGAAGAGUGUAUUGAGUGUUGCAAAUGUUGGGUUUUUUAGCAGCGACAGAUGCAUUGAGGAAUACGCCGAAACUAUAUGGAAUGCCGAACCCGUGAAACCAGAGUAA